GGAGGAUGCGCUCUGCGCGGAAGUGCCUCAGACCUGCGUUGGUGGAGGUGGGGUGGGGCGGCGAGCCGCAGGUUCUGACCAGCCCACCUGUCUCCAGGGGCUAGUGGGUCUGGUUUCGCAGCUAGAAUGAAGCACAUCAACUUGUCCUUUGCAGCGUGUGGGUUUCUGGGCAUUUACCACUUGGGGGCAGCAUCGGCACUUUGCAAACACGGCGGAAAGCUGCUGAAGGAUGUCAAGGCCUUUGCUGGGGCUUCCGCGGGAUCCUUGGUUGUCGUUCUCCUCACAGCGCCGCAGAAAAUAGAGGAAUGCAACAAGUUUACCUAUGAUUUUGCUGAAGAAAUCCGAAGGCAGUCUUUUGGGGCACUAACACCUGGCUAUGAUUUCAUGGCCCGAUUGAGGAGCGGAGUGGAGUCAAUUCUCCCUGCCAACGCGCACGAGCUGGCCCACGGCCGCCUGCACGUCUCCAUCACCAACAGCAGGACCGGGCGGAACUGCCUGGCCUCCAGCUUUCCGUCCAGGGAGGAUCUCGUCCAGGUCCUGCUGGCCAGCAGCUUCCUGCCCAUCUAUGCAGGACUGAAACCAGUGGAAUACAAAGGGCAGAAGUGGGUGGACGGAAGCUUCACCAACAGCCUGCCAAUCCUGCCGGUCGGCCGCACAGUGACCAUCUCCCCGUUCAGUGGGCGACUGGAUGUCUCCCCACAGGAUAAAGGGGGGCUGCAUUUCUACCUUAGUGUCACCAACCAGGAAGUACUGCUGUCGGUGGCAAACUUGGUGAGACUCAACCGGGCCCUCUUCCCACCAAGCAGGAGGACAAUGGAAUUGCUCUAUCAACGGGGCUUCGAUGACGCCAGCAGGUUUUUACUUAAAGAAAGUUGGUUUGAGUAGGACGCUUACAACUUGUUAAUGGAGAACACAGUUCUUCAGGGAGGUUUCUAAUUAAAUCCUUUUAUAAAAGCUUAUCAUCACUAUCAA